AAGCGACACUUUGACGAGCAGACGGCUCGCUACGGCAGUGUGACGUGCAUCAAUCUCGCCGAGCAGGGCGGCAAGGAAGGCCAAAUCACCGAGGCGUACCGUCAAGCGGCAGAGGCCUACGGCGGACAGGUGCAGUAUGUGGCCUUUGACUUCCACAAGGAGUGCGCCGGCAUGAAGUUUGAAAACGUGGCGCGCCUGCUGGAGCGCAUGAAGGAGGAGCAAGUGCUGGGCAAGAUGGACUGCUUCUGGCGCACGGCUGCUACGUCGGGCGCCGGCGCACAGACACUGUGCAAGCAGCAGGGCGCCUUCCGAGUGUCGUGUCUCGACUGUCUCGACCGCACAAACGUCGUGCAGUCUGCGUUUGCGCGCCACAUGCUCGGCGUGCAGCUGGAGCGCCUCGGCGUUGCCGUGCCCUCGCUGCGCGGCGAGCGCGACGAGGCCUUUGACUUUGCCUUCAACGACUCGUGGGCGAACAACGGCGACAUGGUCUCGCAG